AUGAACUUUUUAGAUGUGUUGAAGCAGCUCCAUAUCAAUAUUUCCUUGGUAAAAGCGUUGGAGCAAAUGCCUAAUUAUGUCAAGUUCUUAAAAGAUAUUUUGACGAAGAAAAGGAGGUUAGGAGACUUUGAAACUGUAGCUCUCACCGAUGGAUGCAAUGCCAUGUUAAAAAGCGAGAUUCCACCGAAGUUGAAAGAUCCUGGUAGUUUUGCAAUUCCUUGUUCUAUUGGGGGAUGGGAUGUUGGAAGAACCUUAUGUGAUUUGGGUUCAAGCAUCAGCCUCAUGCCUAUGUCGAUCUUUAAGAAGUUGGGUAUUGGUGAAACACGACCUACAACUGUUACAUUGCAGCUUGCUGAUAGGUCAAUGGCCCAUCCCGAAGGAAAUAUAGAAGAUGUACUAGUACAGGUUGACAAGUUCAUUUUUCUAGUCGACUUCAUCAUCCUAGACUAUGAAGCUGAUAGAGAAGUGCCUAUUAUAAUUGGUCGGCCAUUCCUUGCUACCGGGAGAACUCUGAUUGAUGUGCAAAAUGGGGAGCUCACUAUGAAGGUGAAUGACCAAAAAGUCACCUUUAAUGUGUUCAAUAAUAUGAGAUUUCUGAAUGAGAUAGAAGAAUGUUUCCGUCUAAGUGUGAUCGACUCUAUUGUGACUGAAAGAAUUUACAAGGAAGUUUGGGAAGAUGAGAAGUUGAUAAGUUCUCUUUAUGAGCUUGAAGACUUGAGUGAAGAUGAAGAAACCCAAGUUUCUUGGGUGGAGCUAGUACAACCUGUCCCUAAAUUCAAGAGGCCCUUUGAAUCUUUAGAGUUGAAGGAAAGUAAUUUUAAGCCUCCAAAACCCUCCAUCCAAGAACCACCAAAGUUGGAGUUGAAACCCUUGCCAAUUCAUCUAAAGUAUGCUUAUUUGGGGGAGAAUGAAAUGCUGUCAGUUAUUAUAGCAGCAGGCUUGGAAGUUGAAGAUGAAGGUGCCUUGCUAGAGGUGUUAAAAAGCAUAAGAAAGCAAUCAGGUGGACUAUGGCUGACAUAA